CAAAAUGUCAGCCACUGAGCAGAUUUGCUACACGUUGAUAGCGCCAGCAUCUGGUGAAGCAGCAAGUGAAAUGACCUUGAAAGAAGAGCUUGAAAGCGCAGAUGUUAAGAAAAAAGCUGAAGCACUCAAGAAGGUCAUGCGAUUGAUGCUUAAUGGGGAAAAGUUUCCUGGUCUUCUGAUGACAAUUAUCCGAUUUGCACUGCCCUGUCAAGACCAUCAAGUGAAGAAACUGCUUCUAAUUUUCUUCGAAAUUGUUCCGAAAACUUCAUCUGAUGGGAAGCUUCUGCCUGAGUUUAUUCUUGUCUGUGAUGCUUACAGGAAAGACCUGAACCACCCGAAUGAGUACAUCAGAGGAUCGGUUUUGAGAUUUCUGUGCAAGUUGAAGGAACCAGAGCUUCUGGAACCUUUGAUGCCGGCCAUAAGAGCAUGCUUGGAACACAGACACUCGUAUGUCAGACGAAACGCAGUUCUGGCAAUUUUCACAAUUUACAAAAACUUCGAUUUCUUGAUCCAGGACGCACCUGAUCUGAUAUUCAACUACUUGGAAGGCGAGCAAGAUUUAUCCUGCAAACGAAAUGCUUUUAUCAUGUUGAUCCAAACUGACACGGAUAAAGCUUUGAACUAUCUCGACUCUUGCAUCGACCAAGUCAGCAGUUUUGGGGAUAUCCUUCAAUUGGUGAUUGUUGAGCUUAUAUACAAGGUUUGCUUUAGUAACCCUGCAGAGCGAGCCAGAUUCAUCAGGUGUAUUUAUAACCUCCUGAAUUCAACAAGUGCAGCUGUGCGAUACGAAGCAGCGGGAACCCUGGUGACUCUGUCGGGAGCUCCGACAGCUGUUAAAGCUGCGGCUUCAUGCUACAUAGAACUGAUUGUGAAAGAGAGUGACAACAAUGUUAAACUGAUUGUUCUGGAUCGUCUGAUUGAUCUAAAAGAUGAUCCGAAUCAUGAGAGGAUCUUACAAGAAUUAGUAAUGGAUAUCUUGCGCGUCCUCUCUGCUCCUGAUUUGGAGGUUCGUCGCAAAACCCUGUCAUUGGCCCUGGAUCUGGUUUCCUCGAGGAACGUCGAGGAGCUGGUCCUGGUUCUAAAGAAGGAAGUCCAGAAGACUCUAGCAAGCGCAGGAACUGCAGUCCAAGACGAUGUUGGGAAGUACCGACAGCUUCUAGUACGAACCCUGCAUCAAUGUGGAAUUAAGUUUCCAGAUAUUAACCCAAUUAUAAUUCCGCUUCUUUUGGAUCUUAUUGGAGACGAAAAUGAAGCUGCUGCGCAAGACGUUCUUGUGUAUGUCCGAGAAGCUGUACAGAGAUUCCCGAAUUUGAAAAACAAUCUGGUUCAAAAGUUGCUGACGGAGUUCAACACGGUGAGAAAUGCAAACAUUUUCCGCUCAGCUGUAUGGAUUCUAGGAGAAUAUUGUUCUACAAUUGAAGAGAUACAAGGUUCCAUGCACGCAAUCGCAAAAUCCCUUGGCGAUAUUCCUAUUUUGGAAUCGGAACUGAGAAAAGACUUGGAUAGCGGAGAUGGACACAACGAAGAAGAGGAAUCGAGUUAUGCCCAGAAGCGAGUUACUGAUAUGGGAACGUAUGCUUCAGAGAGUGCAUAUACAGCAUCUAAAAACUCGUCCAAGAAAGAACCGGAGAGACCCCCAUUGAGGCAUAUGUUGUUUGAAGGCAACUUUUUUGUCGGCGCUUCUUUGGCAACAUGUCUGACGAAAAUGGCUUUGAAGUACGUGUCUAUGGUACAAGAUCCGAAGAAGCAAAAUCGAUUUGUAGCAGAGUGCAUGCUAACAUUGACUACAAUCUUGCACUUUGGCAAAUCAUCGCUGCCCAAGAAGAAUAUAUCCGAUGAUGACGUGGACCGAAUUGCGGUAUGCCUCAAGGCGCUCUCAGAACCCUCAGAAAUGAUGUCGACCAUCUUUGGUGAGAACUGCAGGUCCAGCUUGCAAUUAAUGCUUGCGACUAUUCAGCAACAGGAAGCCAAUGAAGUAGCCGCAUUGGACAAGAAGUUAGUCGCCGUUGAAACUGAUGACGCUAUAAACUUUGGUCAGCUUCUUACCAGAGCCGAUAUGUCGAACAAAGAGAACGCCUUUGAGGCAUCUCUGCUCCAAGCUGUAGGCUCCAGCUCCAAGAAGGACAAAGUUGACUUCUCUAACACGAAGUUGAACAAAGUGACCCAAUUGACAGGAUUUUCAGACCCAAUAUACGCUGAGGCGUAUGUCAACGUAAACCAAUUCGAUAUCGUGUUAGAUAUUCUUGUCGUCAAUCAGACCUCUGACACUCUACAGAACUUGAUAGUCGAAGUUGCGACUCUUGGAGAUCUGAAGCUCGUCGAGAAGCCGACUGCAGUUAACAUUGGACCCUUGGAUUUCUGCAACAUCAAGGCGAGCGUGAAAGUGACUUCGACUGAGAACGGAAUCAUUUUCGGGAAUAUUGUGUAUGAUGUGAACAAUACCCACAGUGUAGUGGUGUUGAAUGAUAUCCACAUCGACGUUAUGGACUACAUAGUUCCGGCGUCGUGCACAGACGUGGAGUUCAGAAAGAUGUGGCAAGAGUUCGAGUGGGAGAACAAGGUGUCUGUUAACACGAGCAUUACUGAUCUGCGAGAAUACCUUCGGCAUCUGUGUGCCACCACCAACCUCAAGUGUCUCACCCCAGACAAAGCACUCUCAGGCGACUGCGGGUUCAUGGCCGCAAACCUCCAUGCCAGAUCCAUCUUCGGAGAAGACGCACUGGCUAACCUGUCAAUUGAGAAACUGAGUCCAGAUGCUCCAGUGACUGGACAUAUCAGACUGAGGGCGAAAAGCCAAGGCAUGGCACUGAGUUUGGGAGAUAAAAUCAACUUGUCUCAGAAAGUGGGAAGAAGUCAGCAGCAGUGAAAUGGUAGUAGGCGGGAAACCGAAAGGAGAUCGAACUCUAGCUUAUAAUGAUCCAUAUAGAUAUAUAUUUUACCCAGCCUCUAAUUGGUCUAAGUAAUUUUGAUAAGUCUUUGGACGGAAUUGACUUCAAGUUUAGUCAAAUGAAGCAAAAAAUGAAUACCGAAUUUAGGAGGCUUAAGAACUUCAAGCAUUUUAUGAUAUGAGGCUUUUUUACCUGGCGAAUUUAAUUUCACUUCAAUAAAGAAUGAGCAAAACGAGACAAAGUAUUCCCGGAAUUCUGGUCGUCCCGAAUAUAUUUAAAGCUAUGGUAACUGGGAACAGAUGUUAUCUGAUAGGUGCUGUAUUAUUGUUCAAAUCUUCAUCAGUAUGUGGUAAAAAAAAUGUGAGGCGUGAUUAUAAAUUAAAUAUUGGUUGUAAAUAUAAUGUCAAAUUUUGAACACAA